ACUUUGAUGCUUAAUAAAAAGUUAAAACCUCCAUCUCUUGCUGUAUCAUCCGCCACCAUUCGACUCAAAAGCCCUAGCCUUCUCACCACCGCCAUUGAUGGAGGAGGUGUAUGAGGGAAAGGACUUCUCCUUCCCUAAGGAGGAAGAGAGGAUCCUCCGCUUCUGGUCGGACAUCAAGGCAUUCGAGACCCAGCUCAAGCGCACCGAGAAUCUCCCGGAGUACGUCUUCUAUGAUGGCCCGCCUUUCGCAACUGGCCUCCCGCACUAUGGCCACAUACUCGCCGGGACAAUUAAGGAUAUUGUCACUCGGUAUCAGACCAUGAUAGGUCACCAUGUCACCCGCCGCUUUGGGUGGGACUGCCAUGGGUUGCCCGUCGAGAAUGCCAUUGACAAGAAGUUGAACAUCAAGAGGAGGGAAGAGGUGCUGACGAUGGGGAUCGACAAGUACAAUGAAGAGUGCAGGAGUAUUGUGACUAUGUAUGUGGAGGAGUGGGAGAAGGUUAUUAGCAGGACGGGAAGAUGGAUUGAUUUCAAGAAUGAUUAUAAAACCAUGGAUGUGAAGUUUAUGGAGAGUGUAUGGUGGGUCUUCUCCCAGCUUUAUGAGAAGGGUCUCGUAUAUAAAGGUUUCAAGGUCAUGCCAUACAGCACUGGUUGCAAUACUCCACUGGCUAAUUUUGAAGUCAAUCUGAACUAUAAGGAUACUCCCGAUCCUGAAAUAAUGGUGUCAUUUCCAAUUAUUGGUGAAGCAUGUAAUGCGGCUUUUGUUGCUUGGACAACCACUCCAUGGACCCUUCCUAGUAACCUUGCCCUUUGUGUCAAUGCAAACUUUGUAUACGUGAAGGUUCGCAACAAAUACUCUGGAAAAAUAUAUGUGAUUGCUGAAUCUCGGCUGUCAGCACUUCCUACUGAGAAGCCAAAAUCAGAUGUAGCUAAUGGUCCUGGUAGUUCCAAGACAUCAAAUCCUAAGACAAAAGGAUCUUCUGGUGGAAAAUCUGAAGCUCCAGUGGAUUCAUAUGAAGUGCUGGAGAAGGUCUCUGGGUCUUCACUCGUGGGAAUGAAGUACGAACCAUUAUUUAGUUACUUCAUGGAGUUCUCUAAUGUAGCAUUUAGAGUUGUUGCGGACAAUUACGUAACUGAUGAUAGUGGAACUGGAAUCGUUCACUGUGCUCCUGCAUUUGGUGAAGAUGAUUAUCGCGUCUGCAUUGAAAACGAAAUAAUUAGUAAGGGGGAGAACUUGAUUGUUGCGGUUGAUGAUGAUGGUUGUUUUACUGGAAAAAUUACCGAUUUUAGUGGACGCUAUGUCAAGGAUGCUGAUAAGGAUAUUAUUGAAGCAGUGAAGGCAAAGGGCAGGCUUGUAAAGUCUGGAACCUUUACACAUUCGUACCCCUUUUGUUGGAGAUCCCAAACUCCUCUAAUAUACAAAGCUCUUCCGAGUUGGUUUGUUCGUGUGGAAGAUUUAAAAGAGCAAUUGUUAGAGAAUAACAAACAAACUUACUGGGUACCUGACUAUGUGAAGGAAAAACGCUUCCACAAUUGGCUGGAGAACGCAAGAGACUGGGCUGUUAGUCGAAGUAGAUUUUGGGGCACUCCUCUUCCUAUAUGGAUAAGUGAUGAUGGGGAGGAAGUCAUAGUCAUUGAUUCGGUUGACAAACUUGAAAAACUUUCUGGUGCUAAGGUGUUUGAUUUACAUCGCCAUAACAUUGAUCAUAUUACAAUCCCAUCCAGUCGUGGUCCUGGAUUUGGUGUGCUUCGACGUGUAGAUGACGUUUUUGAUUGCUGGUUUGAAAGUGGGUCAAUGCCGUAUGCGUACAUUCAUUAUCCAUUUGAGAACACUGAACUUUUUGAAGAAAAUUUUCCUGGACAUUUUGUCGCGGAGGGUUUAGAUCAAACUCGUGGCUGGUUCUAUACGCUCAUGGUGCUGUCUACGGCUCUAUUUGGGAAACCUGCAUUCCGGAAUCUAAUUUGCAAUGGACUUGUCCUGGCAGAGGAUGGAAAAAAGAUGAGUAAAAGCCUGAAAAACUAUCCUUCACCAAUGGAAGUCAUUAAUGAUUAUGGGGCUGACGCUUUACGGUUAUACCUUAUAAAUUCUCCCGUUGUGCGCGCGGAAACGUUGCGUUUCAAAAAGGAAGGAGUAUUUGCUGUUGUCAAGGAUGUUUUCCUUCCAUGGUAUAAUGCAUAUAGAUUCCUCGUUCAAAAUGCCAAGCGACUUGAAAUUGAGGGGCUUGCAACCUUUGUUCCAUCUGAUUUAGUCUCUCUUCAAAAUUCGUCUAAUGUGCUUGACCAGUGGAUUAACUCGGCUACUCAGAGUCUUGUUCAUUUUGUACGCCAAGAAAUGGAUGCUUAUCGACUUUACACGGUUAUUCCGUACCUCUUGAAGUUUCUUGACAACCUGACAAAUAUUUAUGUGCGCUUUAACCGGAAGAGACUAAAAGGCCGUACUGGUGAAGAUGACUGCCGGAUUGCUCUCUCAACUCUUUACAAUGUGCUUCUGACAUCGUGCAAGGUGAUGGCACCAUUUACGCCAUUCUUCACUGAAGCUUUGUUCCAGAAUUUGCGAAAAGCAUGCAAUGGGUUAGAGGAAAGUGUUCACUACUGUAGCUUCCCUCAAGAAGAUGGAAAGAGGGAUGACCGCAUUGAACGAAGUGUUGCAAGAAUGACGACCGUAAUUGAUCUUGCCCGCAAUAUUCGUGAGCGUCACAGCAAGCCUCUUAAAUCACCUCUCAGGGAGAUGAUAGUGGUUCACCCAGACACAGACUUUCUUGAUGAUAUAGCUGGAAAGCUGAGAGAGUAUGUGCUUGAGGAACUCAAUGUAAGAUGUCUUGUCCCCUGCAAUGAUACCUUGAAGUAUGCUUCUCUACGUGCUGAACCGGAUUUUAGUGCAUUAGGAAAACGGCUUGGAAAGUCUAUGGAAGCUGUCGCUAAAGAAGUCAAGGCAAUGUCUCAGGGUGAUAUCUUAGCAUUUGAGAAAGAGGGAGAAGUUACUAUUGCUACACACCGUCUAAUGCUUACUGAUAUUAAGGUGGUAAGAGAGUUCAAGCGGCCUGCUGGUUUAACUGAGAAGGAGAUUGAUGCGAAUGGCGAUGGUGAUGUGUUGGUGGUUUUAGAUUUACGACCAGAUGAGUCAUUGUUCGCGGCUGGUGUGGCUCGUGAGGUGGUUAACAGAAUUCAGAAAUUGCGGAAAAAGGUCGCCCUUGAGCCUACUGAUAUGGUUGAGGUGUACUUUAAUUCUCUUGAUGAAGGGAAAUCAAGCGUCGAACAAGUUUUGAAGUCGCAGGAACUCUACAUUAGGGGUGCAAUUGGGUCUCCAUUGCUUUCUUAUGCCAAAAUGCCACCACACGCUGUCAUCCUUGGUGAAGAAAGUUACCAUGGAAUUUAUAAUUUAUCAUUCACCAUAACUUUGACAAGGCCGACGCUGGUUUUCAAUUCAGAACCAAUCCUAGCUUUAUAUGCUGGAGAGAGAAGAUAUGCACACAGUCUAGAAAUAUACUUUUUAUCAAGAGAUCACUCUCAUUUGAAAUCAGAAUUCCAACAGGGGAAUGGCAAGAUAACAGUUGAUUGUAUUGAGAAUCAACCUGCCGUGGAGGUGGAAUUGAGUAAACAUGUUUUUUUGACAGUCGGUGACUCAUUUUCAAGCACAAAAGUCGAGUGAUUUGAGCCAAUUUGAAUGGACGCAAAUUUAACCCUGUUUGUUGUGUUCUCUGUUUCCCAAUGGAAAUCAACAGAAGAAUAGAGUACUGAAUUCUCCCAGAGCUUAGAUGCACAAGUGUGACAGUAUUAUUUCAUUCUUUUUUUUUGUGCAAUUACACCUACACAAAGCGAAGAACAUGCAAUAUUUAUACAAGUACGAGCUAUUUCACUCUAGUUUUUAUUUAUAAUAUUGGUGAGGAUUGCCUAAAGGAAUGUAGUCAAGUUUUUUGUGCUUUGUUUUAA